CUUGUGCGUGUUUCAGUAGGACGUUAAUGAUCGGUGCACACCAAGCCAAAGAGCAGGAAGUCGCCUUCACGAGUUGCUGUUGUAACUCUCAGAAGACGCUAUUGUACUCCUCUCUAGUGCACGUGGCCAAUGAGACAUCUAGCAGCUGAUUGGUCGUCAAGAAGAAUGUCCCCUCAGCCACAGGGUAGGAGCUCCACUUUGGAGCAGGUGGAGCAACAACCUAUUAAAGAAGAAGAGGAAGAGACACAGCCCUCUUAUGUUAAAGAGGAAGAGGAGGAGCCACAGCCCCCCUAUGUGAAAGAGGAAGAGGAAGAACUCUGGAUCACUCAGGAGGGAGAGCAUCUUCUAGGGCCAGAGGAGGCUGAUCUCACCAGGUUGCCACUGACUGGUGUCUCUGUGAAGACAGACGACCAUGAAGACAAACCACCUGAGUCCUCACAGCUUCAUCAUAGUCCAAGUGAGGAGAUGAGAGAGGCGGAGCCUUCAUGCAGCAGCUCACUGCAACACAUGACAACAGAAGCUGAUGGAGACCACUGUGGAGGAUCACAAGCAGACAACCUCUUAGCUCCACUGUCAGAUAGUGACGACACGACGUCACACUCUCCUGAAGAUGAAGACGGCGACUACAACCAAGAAUCUCUGAGCAGCGAUACAGACUGUGAAGGUGAUAUGACGACUCACACUAGCAACAAACACUCUGAAAGCUCUAAAAAGAAGACAGAUAAACCUUUUAACUGCUCACUUUGUCGCAAAAGAUUUUCUUGUAAGACUAAAUUGACUCGACACAUGAAAACACACACAGGAGAACAACCUUUUCGUUGCUCAGACUGUGGCAAAUGGUUUGCUCGAAAGACAACCAUGCAGUCACACAUGAGAAUGCACACAGGAGAAAAACCUUUUACUUGCUCAGACUGCGGUAAAUGUUUCACUCAAAAGACAACCAUGAAAAGACACAUGAGAACACACACAGGAGAAAAACCUUUCAGCUGCUCCGACUGUGGUAAAAGCUUCACUCUAAAGUUUAACAUGCAAUCACACAUGAGAAUGCACACAGGAGAAAAACCUUUUAGUUGCACAGACUGUGGUAAACAUUUCGCUGAAAAUACAACCCUGCAAAGACACAUGAGAACACACACAGGAGAAAAACCUUUUAGUUGCUCAAACUGUGGUAAAUGCUUCACUGAAAAGGCAACCCUGCAAAGACACAUGAGAACACACACAGGAGAAAAACCUUUUAGUUGCCCAGACUGUGGUAAAUGUUUCACUCAAAAGACAACCAUGAAAAGACACAUGAGAACACAUACAGGAGAAAAACCUUUCAGUUGCUCCAACUGCGGCGAACGCUUCACUGUCAAGGCUAACAGGCAAGCACACAUGAGAACACACACAGGGGAAAAACCUUUCAGUUGCUCCAACUGUCAUCAAAGCUUUGCUUUAAAGUCAAACAUGCAAAGACACAUGAGAACACACACAGAAGAAAAACCUUUUAGUUGCUCAGACUGUGGUAAAAGAUUCACUUUAAAGAGUAAAAUGCAAUCACACAUGAGAACACAUACAAGAAAAACUUUUCAGUUGCUCUGACGGCGGUAAAUGCUUCACUCGAAAGGCAACCAUGCAAAUACACACGAGGACACACACAGGAAACCCUUUUAGUUCCUCACAUUGUGGUAAAAGCUUCAACUUAUAGACUUUCAUGCAGUUACACAUGAGAACACACACUGGAGAAAAACCUUUUCCCUGUUCUGCUACUGUGUCUGAUUCCUUUUUCUGACUUGACCUACUUAUCAUUCACUUUCAUUUCAUUUCACCGGUGCCGUAAUGACUUCGAUUGCGUGACGCUGUAUUUAAUUGGGGACAUUGAAUGCAACACCAAUAGUUUCUGAUGUGUCUGUCAAUAUCAGAGUAUUGAUUUCCAAAGAAUCUGCUACAUCAGGGGUGUCAAACUCACAGGGGGCCAAAACUCAAAGCUUACUUUAGUUUGUGGGCCAAAUUGGACAUGAUCCCAUGAUUUUGUACAGACAGGCUGUAGUAGAUAAAAUAUAUAAUGGUUGUGAAUUUUGUGCUAUAUACAAUAUGUAUAUAUUGCUUACUCAGAUUGACCAAAGCACUUUGUUUGAUAAGGUCUGUGAGGCAGGCCAACUCAGUGCUAUUUUCCACACAGCUCCGCCGCCCGGAUUUGUGUUCCCUGCUUUAUUGUUUGGGGGCGUUACCGGAAGGAAGCAACAGUCUGGCUGGAUGUGUUUGAGCUCUGGAAUUAGAAUGAGAUUUGAAUGCCUUGUCAAUAAAGGUGAUUGAACUCAAGUAUACUCUGGAGGUCUGUGAUUGACUCUGCCACUUACCAACACGUAAUAUUAAAAGUUUAUACCAAGUAGUUUCCUUUGAGAUUAUUUAUGACACUUCCUGUCACAGAUGACCUGUGGUCUUGUUGACUGUAGGGGGCAUCAUCCUCAAUAGUGAACAAUAAUUGUUAUCUAUUAGAUAUUUAGCAAAAUAAACUUGUCUUUUUUAAAUGAAGUCUCUUGGCAGUGUAGCUUUUGCAGCCCACACAGCCGUUCAGUUGUUGAAUCGUUCAUCAAAAUCCCAAAGAAAAUUGCCACACUGAAGUAAGGAAAGACAUAACCCUCUCUAUCAGCUGUCAAGAUGGGGUUCUAAAAGUGGGUGGCAGGUUGAACAGAGCAGGAAUGCAAGAGGAAUCAAAGCAUCCAGUCAUUUUGGCCAAGGAUCUGCAUGUCACUCCCCUUAUCCUCAAGCAUGUUCAUGAAGAACUUGGACACAGUGGCAGGAAUAAUGUCUUGUCAAAGGUACGGCAUUGGGAUAUUGAGAUCUCAAGUUGCAUUGUACAAAAUAAACAGUUGAAAACUGUUAUCAUCAAGACCAUUUAAUUGAUUGUAUUAAAAGAAGACCGGAGAGACCACUGGUAUGUAAAUAAACAAACAGAGACAAAGGUUCACCUAAUCUGUACUCCUGUAAAUCGUUGAGGUGUGGAAUAAAACUCAAGAAAGUCUACUGGAGAGGAAUUGAUAAAGUGUCCUCUGCGAUCUUCUCCGCCUGGUGUAAGUCCUAAAGAACUUGACAACAGCAAUACAAAAAAAAUAUGAUUCCGCUUUACUGCAUACAUUUUUUUAAACAAAAUGAGCUCAAUACUGCAAAAUAAGAAAACCAACGAAAAUGACUCUCGCUCAAAUCCUUCAAACACCCACUGAAAGAGGUCCGUACCCCAAUGAGUAAAUCAGAAGAACUCAGGUCAGUAAAAGGAAUCCAAUCACUACUUUCCAGACCCAAUCUGGAAGUCAUGGAACAGGAAAUGACUUCACCACUUCCAGCAUUUAGUGGUGACAGCAUACAGUAAAUAAAACACCUUUAACUACAAAUGGAACCACUGCAGUCACCAUGUCUUUCUUUUGCAUUUACCAAUAACAAUAACAAUAUGUAUUUACAAUAACGAUAACAAGAUUUAUAUAGAUAUUUAUUGAACAAAGACACCUGUAAAGAAUGUUCCAACGGUGAUUGCAUGAAAGUCAGGCAAGUCAAACAGUCGACCAUCAGUGACUCUGCAUG